CUGCGGGCGAGGCUGCCGCACGCAUGCUCUAAGCCCCAACUGCAGGCUGUCAGCUACAGCACGGAUUACCGAAGCGACGCACACGAGGCCUGACCAGUACUGCCUGUCGCAGCGCCCACCACUGCUCACCUGCAGCACUUGCUCUCCCUGCAGCAAAGAGAGCUGGACGCCAGCCGCGGAGCGAUGGCCAGCACACCGAAUGACAAGUCCGAGGCCGAGCAGGCCGAAGAACUCACCGCGAAAAUGCAAAAACUGACGCCCAACGUCGACGGCGCGCUCCAGGACACGACCUGGACCUGGGAAGACGACCUGCUCUACGCCUUACCCGCCAGAACCGCAAGAAAGUGUGCGCGUCGAGACUGCCCGAAGACGGAGCCCCUGGAGCCGCCGGAGGACACGGCGAAACGGUUCGCGGCUUGUGCGAAGUGCCAAACAGCAAGGUAUUGCUCGAGGGAGUGCCAGAUCCAGGACUGGAAGAAGGGCGGGCGGCACAAGCGCAUGUGUCCCCAACUAAUAGCGUUCAAGAACUUCGACCGAGAUCAAAAAAGACGAGCGGUCAUUGUUGGAUGUCUCGGUAAAGUUAGAUUGUACGUCUUUCCCUUCUACGUCGGCAAGCGAGCUAAAGUAGGAGACGGCUUCCUGUUCCUGCAGUGUCCCGCGCCGCUGGAAGAUUUCUUUUUUGACACGGACGUGACGCGGUACGGCGAGCCGCAAAAGCGAGCUGUGGUGGCGUCCUACGUCACUCCCAAAGAAUUCGACGAUGAGCUCGUCGCGGCGGACUUUGAACUGGCGCUGGCGCGGCGGGGUGUCCUCGAGGCCGUAGGUCAGGCCGACGAUUCAAAAGCUGCGGUGCUGUGCAAGUUCCGCUGCGGCUUCGUCUGCGCGUUCGUUACCAAAAUCGUGCCCGACGUGCGCGUGUGUGCGGCCUUAUGUGCCGAUUAUGAGGAGAUGGCGACGCUGCGGCUGAACAUCGAUGACGAUUCAUAAGAAC